GUAUUUGGUGGUGGCGAGGGCGACGCGCUGUCACAGCGUCUCUGUUCACACAGGAACUUGUCUUGACAUCAGUGAAACAGUCACUUUGAUCGGGAAGAGCGACUGAUUAGCUCUUGUUCAGCUAGGAAGCCAGGUAGCUGCUGUAGCUCCCCGCGGUUCCUCCGUCUUUGUUUGCUUGUUUGUAAGUCAAAGCUAGUCGAAUUUGAGGUUCCUGAGCAAAAGCGAACGUCACACAGCGUUCAAUCAGGAAAAAUGAUUGCCCAGUCCAGGCUUAUACUACGUCUCUUCAAGAAUGUGGGACAACAGAUUCGCGAUCAGCAUGACAACGCCUCCCGAGUCACGACUUUCCAUUACCUUCGUAAUUUGCCCCAGCCGAGCGACAAGUGUAUCGCUACAUAUGUGUGGAUCGACGGGACGGGUGAGAAUAUGCGAAACAAAGCUCGCACACUGAAUUUCAUUCCUACCCGUGUCGACCAACUGCCCGAGUGGAAUUACGAUGGUUCGUCGACAUACCAGGCGCGCGGUAGCAACUCGGAUACGUUCAUGCGUCCCGUGGCGAUGUACGAUGAUCCCACUCUUCCCGGAGGUAAGAACAAGCUCGUGCUGUGUGAUACGUACCUACCCGAUGGCAAGCCGACUCCCACGAAUCACCGUAAUUCUUGCGCAGAGUCUAUGAACAAGAUCAGGGAUCAGGAUCCGUGGUUUGGCGUGGAGCAAGAGUACACUUUCUUGGAUCUUUAUGGUCGCCCGUAUGGCUGGCCAAAAGGCGGCUACCCCGCCCCCCAGGGCCCAUACUACUGUGGUGUGGGCUGCGGCAAGGUAACGGCUCGUGACGUUGUCAACGUUCACUAUCGCGCGUGCCUGCAUGCAGGUAUUAACAUUUCUGGCACAAACGCUGAAGUGAUGCUUUCGCAAUGGGAGUAUCAGGUUAUGUCAAAAGGAGUGUCGGCUUCCGAUGAACUUUGGAUGUCGCGCUUCCUGCUACAGCGUAUCGCUGAGGACUACGGUGUCUGUGUGACGUUCGACCCGAAGCCGAUGCCAGGUGAUUGGAACGGCGCUGGAGCUCAUGUUAAUUUUUCAGUAAGCUCAAUGCGGAAAGAAGGGGGAAUGAAAGUUAUUAAGGAGGCGAUUGAAAAGUUGUCGAAACGCCACAACACGCACAUCACGAACUACGAUGCUAAACAUGGCAAGGACAAUGAAAGGCGACUGACUGGGGCCCAUGAGACGUCUUCCGUUCACGAAUUUUCGUGGGGCAUCGCCGAUCGUGGCUGUUCAAUUCGUAUUCCGCGCGCGUGCGCUGAAGCAAACAAGGGCUAUUUUGAGGACCGCCGGCCUGCAUCAAAUAUGGACCCAUAUGUGGUCACUGAUCUUCUGGUUAGAACCUGUGUCCUCAACGAGACCGAUUAAAAUGUAACUAUGUAAGCGAAAAGACGAUGUGAAAGUUAAGAUAUAGCUGGCGUCUAGCUGACACCCUUGAAGGGACGACGUUCUGACUGUGUCAUAUCUACUUCAGUAGAGAAAUACUGAUUUCUUUUUUCUAAACACAGCAUUCUGCCAAUAUAAUUGUUUGCAACUAUAUUGCCGAUCAUUAAGGGAAAAAUACAACUAGUAUAUAGAAUUAUCCUAAUAGGUUGUUCACUCAGAUCAGCUUUGACGAAACUUCCCACUGUUUAUUAUUAUUAUUAUUGGCUGAAUGGAUAUGACUGUGGAACCUCACGUCUUUCUGAAACGAGUGUCUUAUAAGUGUUGCCUCUACGGUGUCUUAACAAACGGUAGUAGAUCAUAGCAUAGAACGGAAACUAGACUUAACUAGUACUUAGAUUUUCACUGUUGUACUUACCAUAUAUAUAUAAACAUAUAUAUAUAUAUAUAUUACGGUGCAUAAUCCAUCAUAUAGACUCGUGUAGGUUCAACAUUUUACCAUAACAUACAUCGAGAGCAAUGAAACAUUGAUGAAUUACAUCGUAAAAUGACAAAGUCUAACCGAGAGGUUAGGUGGAUAAUCUGAGAGGGUGGAUUGGAGAAGCCACUAAUGCGUACGAAAUAACAUACGAAUGCGUAACUUUUACGUGCUUUCCGGUAAUGUAUAUAUAACAAUAAUGCAUAUAAAAACUUAGGCUAAUCGUUCCUUUUGUAGGUUUAUCAUGACACUUCGGAAAGAACAACUAAAUGGUAGCUAGAGAGCGUUCUUAUGUUGCGUAUUAUUAUUACAAAAAGAUGUCAACAAAAAAAGAAAAUAAAAGAAUUAGAAGAAGAACCAGCUACCAUAAAAACGACAAUAAAAGCCACAAGUUCAUCACGAAAACGACAAACUAUGUUAAUAUAUAUUUAUAUUAUAAUGUUUUUCAAAUUGACUGUGAUGAUCACACUGAUUGCCGUAUAAAUUUUUAGCUCCCUAGACUAAAGUAGUGUUAGGUUCUUCUAUCAGGAUAUAAAAUUACUGCAACCACAACAAUGAAAACGCAUAGAGGAAAAGGAUUAAGGUGAGAGCGAAAGAGGAAAAGCUAUAUAGAUUAUGGUGAAGCUGAUGAAAAAGAAAAGCAUAUAUACAUGCAUGAGUCAAAGAAAGGUCGUACCGAUAAACUCGAUAUCAUUGUAAAUAAACCAAUCGAAGAGAAGCUUGCUCUCGUCAUGUAAAGCUGGCGGGGAGUCUUAAAUUUUUGCUUCAGGCUAACCCCGUUAUUUCCAAAAAAAAAUUUAGUUAUAUUUCGUAACUCUUUCGUAUUCAGAGAAAGAGUUAUUUGCGAAACCAUGGUUUGGUGCAAAGCUCUUACGGUAUUUUCCGUUACGAUGAAUACUGAAGCAACGAUACGUAAGAAGUGCGUAGAGAAUAUAUUCGUAAGCGUAACUCGAUUAUAUGGGUCGUGGCUUUGUAACAAAGUUGAAUAUUAAACGGCACUGAUAAAUUCAGCUCUGAUUAUGUGCAAUCCAGCAUUGCUAAUAUUUAAUAAGCAGCGCCAAAUAUCAGCAGUAGGUGGGCUGUUGUGCUCUAAGAUUGAAAAUGGGAAUAGAAGAACCGAUAUGCACGUUCUCUGGCAUACGAAGAGUGCGAAUUUAGGAGACGCAAGUAGAAUCAAUGUCUCGGAGAAAAAAAGUGGCAAAAGAAUGAACUUUUUGCGAUAAUUUUUGGUGGCUUUUCAGGUACAGAUGAUGACCAAUUUUUAUUUUCUGGAGUUUUUUUUUUGUUGAGCUGCCUAUUAUGGGGUCUUAUUCGAGAUCUUUGUUUCUGGUAAAUUUGUGAUUUCAGUUUGUCUUAAUAAUUUCUCGAAGUUCGAUCUUAAAUUCCAUGUUUGGCCGCAGCGAUUUAAUAGUAUGAGCCUAGUUGAUUCUAACAGCAUCUUUUAGGUCAAUCUUUCACUUAAAAUUCAGUGUUUUGUGUAUAGCAAUGUUUAUUUAUGGGAACGUGUUCCCAAAUGUCUCUUCAGCCUACUGAAGAAUGGCCCAACGCCUAGUAUCGGACGUAAAACUCGAAAUAUAUAUUUGGCUUGUCUUACUGGUAUAGCAUUAGACAGCAUAGCAGCAGCAGCAGCAGCAGCAGCAGCAGCAGCGGCGUUCCGCGAAGAAUCAGAAAUUAAACUCAAGUACUAAAUUGCAGAUUGCCGUUUUGCAAAUACUAGGGCAAUUCAAGUCAGAGUACCCUGUAUAAUUGCUUGACAGAUACCCUCAAUGUCUUUCAGUUAAUACAGUUAAUUAAGAAUUGUGAUUCUAGAUUGCAGCCGAAGUAGUAUACAUUUUACAUCAUUCAUUUCGAAAUAACAUUUAUUUGUUGUGAUACAUGUACCGUUAUACUGCCCGAAAUCGAAGAAGUUCUGAAAUCAUUUAUAGCUUUAUAAAACAUUGCAUGGUGCCUAUUACAGAGCAUAUUUUUCUUACCCUUAAUAGAUCAAGUCGCGCCAGCGCAUUUGGUUUUCGUUCCCUUAUAAGCCAUCGUAUUUACGGCCUUGGGCGACGGAGAGAUGCAUGCAGUGAAUGCUCUUCUUAUUAUUGCAAGUAGUCGAAUAUUAAUGUGCAUAGGUAAUAUAGGUAGUUAAUGGUUUGUUUGCUCAUUAAAACCGAGCUGUUUUCAACUAAUGUUCUAGUUAAAGUGAGUAAAUAGGUAUUUUACCCACUUUAGUACCAACUCGGUUCUUGUUUGCUAAUCGGAAGCAACAUUCGAACUUGAAUGUCCGUAACGUUUAUCGUAGAAGUGAACUUCUUUUUGAACUGGCCAUUAUUAAACGUACGUUUAUUAUAGUUAUUAGCUAAUGAGAACAGUUGCCAAUACAUAAGCGGCAUCACAUUAUGAUUUAUUUAUUUGAAGAAAGAUUAUCAAGUGCCUAUGUCAGGAAGGCCUUUUCAUUGCGUUGCCUUUAUUUAAGUUGACUCAUACUUAAUCAAUAGCAGUUGGACAUUUUUUUCUGUGAGCACAAAGGUCCAACUCAAAAAAAAUCUAAAUCGUUAUUAUGGUGCCCAAAUCCAGUACAUACUUCGUGUAAGUAUGAGUAGCAGGUACUACUAGUAUCUUGACAUAUCUAGUUACAUCAAAAGAUCUGUAUUCGCAUGUAUACCAAGACAUAUUAAUACGCUAUGUUAGCAUAAGAUAUUAGUCUGAGUAUGUGGCUUUCGGGUUUUACGUGGGUGGGCAACAUCAUGUGGGUUGCAGUGUUGAUAGCCAUGUUUAAGCACUAUAGCAGGAUCAUAGGGCGCAGGGCAGAUCCCUCCCAUAUCGCAUAUGCGCCUAAAUAAUUGAGUGAAAAAGCUUGAAUUAUCAUUUUCUGAACCGUAGGUUACAAAAAAACUAUGUUGGGGGAAAGACUUGGACGAUAUCGCCCCUUUUGUUGUGCUGCCUUUAUCUAGUCUAGACUAGCUCGUACCGUAUCGAAAACAAAUUACAGCUCUAUAUGUAACAGCUUGAAUGAUGGCCAAGGCUGUUUCUGCGUAUCGUGCUGACGGUUAGCUUGAUUGCGUUAUACGUCUCUAUGUGAUCCGAUGGAGUGAGUACGUGCAGCAGAUCCGAUGUGUUAACUGUACUUAGGCUGAGCCGUCUGGUCACAUACAGCCGCGCACGUUACGGUUUUUUCAUAUGCUGAUUGUCCCAAUUUACGACAUAUUUUGAAGGGCAUACGGCAAGACCAUACAAACACCAAUAGAUCUUUCAUAAACAGUAAGACAAAUAUUAUGAAACUAAUUUGCGCUCUGCGCUCAGUUCUUAGAUUUUUUGCUGUCGUUUCGGUGGUUCACAUAAGUAGGAAUUGAAUUUGAGUCCGAUUUUCCACAAAGCCAGUUUCUACAAAGUCGAAUUACUCGCAAAAUACAGAGAAGAAUAUGCAUCCAUACGUUGCAUUUUAUUGUUUGUAUACAGGAUCUCUCUUGUGGUUGCGGUUGUUGCGAGCUAACCGUCAUGGAUAUGUUGAAGUGCUCGCUGUUGGGUCGCGUUAUCGCGUGUUGACUUGAGGUUAGGCUCGUCCGUGGGGCCUACUGUCAAAUAGGAACUAGAUAACGAACUUGCGAUCAUGGACAUGGCCUAGUAAUUAACACAUUGAGAACCAGUCAGUUGCUGUAUCAAGCAACACUGGACGACGGGAAGGAUGUCUGUUAUCUGUGAAACAAAAAAGAAUAACUCUAAAAUAACAAUACUUUGCACAGGUAACAUAUUAAAAAAAACACACAGGUGUUUUUUCUUCUGUUCUAAUUUUCACUAUAGAAGAUGUAAUGAUUAUCUGUAAGAAAAUGUGUGUCUAAAAUGUCUGCCGAAAAUAA